AUGAGCAUCAUAUAUUGGAAAUAUCUUUUCUAUUUUGUCAUAUUCAUUUUUGUGACCAUUUUCUUGGACCUAAGGACAGAUGCCACACUGGAAGGUUCCUCUAAGCGAUAUCUGAGUCUGCGCUACGCUCAGGAGCCCACACACAUUGUUCGUGUAUCUGAUGUAAUGUUGCCCCAUGAAGACCGUGCAAUUCUCUCUCGACGGAAAAGGAACAUCCUUUUCCCAAGUGGAGUCAAACUGUGUGCACAAGAGACAGCUCAGCAAGUUGUAGCAAACCAUCUGAGCUACUUUCAUCUCAGAGUGUGCCAGGAGACCAUAUGGGAAGCUUUCAAGAUCUUCUGGGGCCGCCUCCCAGAGCAAGAGGAGUACCAAACCUGGAUGAGCCAAUGCCAGGAUGGCAAAAUCACGGCACAAGAUAUUGGCAGCUGCUUCAGCCAAUCAGAGGAGCACCAGGCUCUGGUUGAAAAGCUGGACAAUGACAUUGCUGUGCAGCCUCUCACGCCUGCUGUGCUGAAACAGGUGGUGGAGCUGAGAAUCCUCCUGACUGGUGAGACGUACAGCGAUGACCUCGAGGAUCCAGCCAGCCUUCAGUACCAAGCACUCAGCAGACAGUUUGCUGAAAAGAUAGAGGAUGUUUUAGAGGGGCUUCCUGGAUUUAAGAGUGUAUCUGUGCUGGAUUUCAGGCCCCAGAAGGAUGCCCAAGGGCAGGGUGGUGUGGUAGUGGACUAUGCUGUCACCCUGCUUGUGGAUGGAGCAGGGGUGAGCACUGAACAACUGGAUUACCUGACCUUGCAGUCUAACAGGGUGGAGAACUCAUACCGUGAGGUUGAAGAGCGCCCCUCAGUGGUGUACAGCACCAGCGAGGUCAAAAACGUUGUCACUGAAGAGCUGGAGAGUGUGUCUGAGAUCCCACAGUCUGUUGAUGGUGCAGACAGAGCCAAGGUCAGUGUAGUUGAUGAGCCACCAGAGAAUAUGAUCCUGGAAGAGAACACCAAAGUUGUCAACAAAGAUGAAAUCCUGCCUGAGCCCCCUGAAACCAGCACAGUGAUGACAACAGAAAAUGACAUCAUUACUCUGGAGGAGAGUGCUGUUGUGUCUCCUGCUCCUGCCCUGGUCACCAGUGCACCUGCAGCUGGCAGCAUUGAGGUGGAAGGUCUUUUGUUAGAGGAUACUGUGCAGACUCCUGCGUUAGAGAACCCCCCACCUGAAGAACUUCCAGCUGAACUUCCCUCCCCUGAGCUGCCAGAGGACUUCACACUGCCUGAACCACCAGUGGAGGUCGAGGUGUCUGGCUCAGGCACAGAAGACUUGGUGGAGAGGACAGCUGAAGAUUCAAACCACACAGAUGUCCCACCUACAGAUCAGGAGGUAAACCCUGAACAGCCCAGCAAAGAUGAAGCUAUAAACGUGGUGUUUACCCAUCCUGAACCAUCUGAAAUUGGCGAGGGAUCUGUAUUUGAAGAGGACAGUGUGGAGGUAGCCACAGGGAGCAAGGGACAAGAGGUGAAGAAAGACCCAGAAGCACCUGAAACUCCAAAGAUCUCAACAGAUGAUUUCACAGAGGAUGAGCUCUUACUGGUGACAAAGGAUGAACCAGAAACACCAGUGACAGAUUCUUUGAGCCCUGCCCAACCAACCACCCUUUCUUCAGUGAGGGAGCCACCUUUCACCCGUAUCUCUGAUGUUAGCCCUGCCUCUGAGGGGCAACCUGACAUGAUCAUCCCUUCACUGGUGGAGAUGCAGACCACUAGUGACGGCUUGGAUGAUGCCACCACCGGAGACCAGGGCUAUGGUGUGGUUCAUUAUGAUCAUGGUUUUAUAAACCGCACAGAGGAGGGUAGCACUGAACUACCAAUUGGUGUGACACACGGCACAGACCAGGCCAGUAUUGCCAUGCCUGUAAACCCUGGACGAGCACUGAUGGUGUUCUUCAGCCUGAGGGUGACCAACAUGAUCUUCUCAGAGGACCUCUUUAACAAGAGCUCCCCAGAAUACAAAGCAUUGGAACAGCGCUUUCUAGAGCUGCUUGUGCCCUACCUGCAGUCCAACUUGAGCCACUUUGAAAACCUGGAGAUCCUAAACUUUAGGAAUGGGAGCAUUGUGGUCAACAGCCGGGUGAAAUUCGGGAGGCCUGUGCCUCGUAGCGUCACUACCACUGUCUAUCUGAUCCUGGCAGACUUCUGUAACACAGCCUACCAGACCAUGAACUUGGCCAUCGAUAAGUACUCGCUGGACGUUGAGUUGGGUGACCAGGCCGACCCCUGUAAGUUCCAGGCGUGUAACGAGUUCGCCGAGUGUAAGGUGAACAAGUGGACGGGGGAGGCAGAGUGCGUCUGUAAUGCUGGCUACUUCAGCGUGGACAGCCUACCCUGUCAAAGCAUAUGUAACCUGCAGACUGACUUCUGCCUCAAUGACGGCAAGUGUGACAUCAUCUCCGGCCAGGGAGCCAUCUGCAGGUGUCGCGUUGGGGAGAACUGGUGGUACAGAGGAGAACACUGUGAGGAGUAUGUGUCUGAGCCCCUGGUGGUGGGCAUAGCGAUCACCUCUGUAGCUGGCUUUCUACUGGUGGCCUCCGGAGUGAUCUUCUUCCUGGCCAGGACAUUACGGGAUCAGUAUGACAAGGAUGCGUCAGAAGACCCCGUACGACGAGCAGGGAAUUUCUCAUCUCUGGAGAGGGCGACCAAGUACAACCCCAUGUAUGAGAGUGAGGCCACCACAGGCUACGGUCACUACUACCGCCGCUAUCCUGAGGCUCCUGUGUAUAGCAGUGCCAGUGCUGAGGCCUCCACUGACUUCAGCAGUGAGGAGAUACGACACAUCUACGAGAACAGUGAACUGACCAAGGAGGAAAUUCAAGACAGGAUACGUAUAAUUGAGCUCUAUGCUAAAGAUCGGCAAUUUGCAGAUUUUGUACGGGAGCAUCAAGCUGUCCUGGACAUCCACAGAGAAAGCUUCUCUACCCAGACAUGAAACUCUGCUGUGAACAAUAAG